AUGUCAGAGCUGAGGAUGCUGGAAAAACAUGUUAGUCUCCUCUGGUUGGAUGAGACAGGUAAUAAGCUGAAGAAAGACUCCAGACACCAGGUCACACAAACAUCUGACUGUGACAUCACUCUGACUCUCCAGAAGGAGGACAACAACAGGAAGUGGAUAUGUCAGCUGACUAUAAAUGAAAAGGAGAUAUCCAUUGAUUUCAACUUCAUGGUCCCAGGAAGUACAGCCUCUACUUCAGGACCAGUCUCAUCAGCCACCACCCCAUCUUCAACUGGCACUUCUCAUCAAAUUACUGUGAGUUCUGUCAAGACACCCACCCAGCAGCAGUUAAAAACUGGAAGUACAGCCUCUACUUCAGGACCAGCCUCAUCAGCCACCACCCCAUCUUCAACUGGCACUUCUCAUCAAAUUACUGUGAGUUCUGUCAAGACACCCACCCAGCAGCAGUUAAAAACUGGAAGUACAGCCUCUACUUCAGGACCAGUCACAUCAGCCACCACCCCAUCUUCAACUGGCACUUCUCAUCAAAUUACUGUGAGUUCUGUCAAGACACCCACCCAGCAGCAGUUAAAAACUGGUUCUCCUUCAACACAGAAUAUCCCUGUUGUUGUGGGAACGUCUGUGGGAGUGUUUGUGGCAGUUUCCAUGUCUGUCAUUGUCACUGUCAUCAUAUUACGCAGGAGAACCAAGAUUCAAAUGGCAGCUGAUGCCAGCCUUGGUCUUAAUGCAAUAAAUCACUGUACCCCACAAGACAACGAAGACAGGAGUCAACCUGCUGGCAGUAUCACCUAUGCCUCCAUCAACCACGUAGACCAAAAUCCCCUCCAGAGUGUUGUCGCCCAUGGUGAGGAUGCAUUGAACUACGCCUCAGUUAUGCCCUCUACUGAAACAGGAAGAGAGACAGAGAACGCUGCUGACCCAAACUCCUUUUAUUCUACUAUCAAUGCACCUCAGGGGAGUUAA